AUGCUUCGUACAUCUUUAAGAAUGUGCUCGUUAGGAGCUUCUAAGUAUGGUCAUGCUAGAACAGGCGAUUUCACCCAGGUUGGACCAACUCUACACAACCCUUUCAGGGAAGACCCUAUGCUAGAGCGCCUUCUUCGGCGAUGGUUACCUCAGAAAGAUUAUGAUAGAGUUGCUGUGGAUUUGAAUCGGUUCGGAGAAAGGAUAGUUGAUGAGAUUGAUGCUCUUGGACGAGCUGCUGAGCUCAAUGAGCCUCGCCUGUCUCAACAAGAUUCCUGGGGACGAAGAGUUGAUCGUCUCGAGGUUUGUCCGGAAUGGAAGAAACUGAAAGAAAUUUGUGCCGAAGAAGGUCUAGUCGCUCUUGGUUAUGAUUCUAAAACAGAUCCUCUAGUUCGACGUCUUCAUCAGAUAGCUAAAUUGUAUCUGUUCUCCCCAUCUGCUGGUCUAACAACUUGUCCCAUGGCCAUGACUGACGGAGCUGCCAAAACGCUCAAAGAGUUGAAAGCUGACAAGGGAAAUGACCUUGCUGCUCAAGCAGUGGAAAGCUUACUUUCUCGAGAUGGAAAGAAAGCAUGGACUAGUGGUCAAUGGAUGACAGAAAAAAAAGGAGGCAGUGAUGUUGGCGGAGGAUGUGACACUUACGCAGUUGAAGAAAAUGGCAAGUACCGUCUGUAUGGCUACAAGUGGUUCAGUUCUGCUGUUGAUGCUGACGUUGCUUUGACUCUCGCGCGAGAAGUAGACAAGGACGGAAAUAUUGCCAAAGGAACUGGAGGCUUAACUUUGUUCCUUCUAAGAAUUCGUAACGAUGAUGGUUCUUUGAACGGUAUCCAAAUGGUCCGCUUGAAAGACAAGUUGGGAACAAGACAGUUGCCAACUGCUGAACUUCUUUUGGAUGGUUGUGAAGCUGAAAAAGUCAGUGUACAAGGCCGUGGAGUGAUUGGAAUUUCGAACAUGCUCAAUAUUACUCGAAUCCACAACGCCGUAGCUUCAAUUUCUGGAAUGAGAAGAAUUGUGUCAUUGGCUCGGGACUAUUCCACUCGCAGGAAGGUCUUCGGGCAAUUCCAAUAUCAAUGGCCUCUUCACACCUCGACUCUCUGUCAAUUAGAAAUUCAGACUAGAGGAUGCUUCAUCCUUCUCUUCGAAGCUGCUCGCCUUCUCGGAUUAACUGAAAGUGGAAAGGCCGAUCAAGUUCAAUCUCUCAUGCUUAGACUUAUAACCCCAGUUCUCAAACUUUACGCCGGAAAGAUGUGUGUUCCCCUCAUUUCUGAAGGAAUCGAGUGUUUUGGAGGACAGGGUUAUAUGGAGGAUACGGGCUUGCCUUCAAUACUUCGUGAUGCUCAAGUAACUCCCAUAUGGGAAGGUACAACGAAUGUUCUAUCUCUCGAUGUUCUUCGUGUUUGUUUUGGCAAAGACAACAUCAGCAUUGCCUUUAAGAGAUACAUAACUGAUUUGUUGGAGAAAUCAAAUAUUUCUGGGAAUGAAAAGUUGAAUGAAUGCAAGAAGAUCAUCCUCGACUCUUUGGAGAAAGUCGAUAAGAUUCUUUCUAGAGCAGGAGAUCCAAAGCUUCGUCAGGAAGAGAGAAUCGACGCAGUUGCCAGAGACAUCUCUUUCGCUGUUGCUCGUGUUUGGCAAGCUUCACUUCUACUGAACUUCGCUGAUGAUUCAACUGCCACGCCCGCUGAUAUCGAAGUAGCCUACAGGUACUGUACGGAACAAGACUUGGUGAAGUUCGAUGAGAAAUGGAUGGAGCAGAACAAGUUGAAGAAAGACUUUGACAUCGUUUUCGAAAACUAUGCCGGCUACAGCAAAUUUACUGUACAAUGA